AUGUGUGAUCAACAUGGGGAACAAAAGAAGCUCUUCUGUGAGGAAGACCAGAAAUCCCUCUGUGAAUCUUGUUCACAAGCCCCAGAACACAAGGAUCAUCAUGUUCUCUCCAUGGACAAGGCUGCUGAAAAGUACAAGGACAAGCUCCAGAAGAUAUGGAAUAUCUUGCAGAGAAGAGAAGAGAAAUUUAAAAUUGCAUUGAACAAAGUGAAAAGGAGAGAGGAUUAUUGUAAGGAGGAUGUAAAGGCUCAUAAAAAAUCAGUUAUAUCUGAAUAUGAGAAAAUAUACCAGUUCUUACGGAAUGAAGAAAAUCAACACCUGCUAAGAUUGGAAGAGGAAUUCAGAAACAACAUGACAAAACUUAAGGCAAACAAGGCCAAAUUAUCACAACAAAUCCAAAAUCUGCAAAGAAUGCAAUUAGAUGUGGAAGAUACUUUGGACAAGGCACCAUUAGAAAUGCUCCAGGGCUCUGGAGCUCUGUGUAGAGCAAAUGUAACCAAGUGUCUUUGCAGGAAUGAGGAGCAGCUACAUGAAGAGCAUAAGGUUUAUUCCUCUACCUGGAGCACCUGCCCCAUCACUGCAUUGAGAGAAAUGCUCAUGAACUACCAGAGAGACAUAACUCUGGAUCCUGAAACAGCUCAUCCUUGUCUAAUCUUGUCUGAAGAUUUGAAGCAUGUCAAGUGUGGAAGUGUCCCAAAGGACCUUCUUGGCAAUGAAGAAAGAUCUGAGGAUGCUUUCGUUGUAUUGGGGGCCCAAACCUUUACUUCAGGCAAACACUAUUGGGAGGUAGAGUGGGGAAAUAAUACAGAGUGGGAAUUGGGUGUAUGUAAAGAUUCAGGCAGUCAAAAUGGGAACCUCUCCAUAUUACCUGAUGAUGUAACUGCCCUAGAAGGCUUCAGAUCUGUAAAGGAUGUCUUCAUCUGGAAAUUAAAAGAUAUCCUUAUUGAGAGUGAGCCCAUAGAUAAGAUGGGAAUUUUUCUUGAUUAUGAAAAGGGACACAUAGCAUUUUACAAUGUUAUAGAAGAAACCCUUAUCUUCAGUCCCCCAGACAUUAUCUUUCAUGGGACUCUUCGCCCUUACUUUGCUCUUUCCAUUAAUGAUGAAGAAGGAAGUCUUGCAUCACUCAGUAUAUGUCCCAAGAGUAAUAAGUGA